UUUGUAUACACAUAAUUUUCCGUUCAAUCUCCGAGUGAUCAUUUUGUCGUAAAUUUAUAAACACAAACAAAACACCCACAAAAGUGUGAUGCCAACGAUACCGAAACGCGACUACAAGCCAAAUGGCUGUGGCCAUCGCCUGGGUGGUGGCGGCGGCAACAAGAGUGCCGGCAUGGAUUUCCUCAUCGGCACAGAGGUCACGGAGAUGCAGCUCAAGUGGCAGGACAAUCCCUGCCCGGCACCGCCCUGCAAGCAGGCAUUCUGGUGGGCCAGUCAGCCGAAACCCAUCAAAAUCAAAGGUUGUCCCAAACCCAUUGUGCCGCCGCCGGAGCCGUACAAGAACGUCAUGUACGACCGUCGGGUCAUAAAAGGCAGCAACUUUGGCAACGCCUCCAUGGUGACGGAUGUGGAUCCCUUCGACAAGGCCGCAGAAAUUAAGCGACGGAAUAUGCUGCGAAAACGUUCGAUCCAAUGCAGAAACCAGCGCAAUGUCCUGGGCACACCACCGCCGGUGAAGGGCCGCAAGCACGAGACCAUUCAGACGGAGAAGUAUUUGGAAAAGCUGGUGCAGCGUCCGCCCGAAUUCACGGUGGACACGCAAACGGAUUUGUUUCUGGAGAAGCCGCCAACGCCGCCAUUCAUUGCCGCGAAGGUGGGCGUCGAUGUGGGCACCGAAAUCGGCGAGGGCGAGCUCUUCCACUUCGAAGCCGAGGCACAGCCCAUAAUUGAUGUCCUGGUGGAUGCCUGUAUCGAGCAGAGCAUGCUGGAGGUCGCACACGAGAUGGAAUUGGACAGUUUGCGCAGCAAGCAGGAAGAAUUCCUCGCCCAGCGUGAGGUGGAGCUUGCCGAGCUGCGGCGCCUGGAGGCUGAGGAGUUGCGUCUGCGUGCGGAGAAGGAGCGACGCCUGAGACAGGAUGCCAUUGCCAAGGAACUCGAUGCCGAGAUGCAGAAGAGCGUGACGGCCGCCAAACUGCUGCAGGGCCACAUUGCCAGCCUGGUGCCAGAGGUGCUGGAGAACAUCGAGCCGGCCAGCGAUGCCGUGAAGAAGGAGCAGCUCAUGAAGAGCAUCUGCCCCUGGCUCUCAGCGGAAGUGGCCGAGGAGGUGGGCCACAUUGUGGACUCGCGCGAGAUCCUCACGGCCAUCAUACAGGAGAUCAUCAAGCAGCGGGCGGAGGUGUAUGCCGGUUACCGCGAUGCCGAGCCCGAGGCGACGCCACGCACGCCGGAGGUGUGCGAGGAGGAGGGCUGCAUGAUCGACGAGAUAGAGGCGUGUCCGUGCGAAACCGAACCCGAAGAAGAAUGCCCCGAACCGCCACCGGAUCCUCCGCAUUUGUGAGCACAUCGCAAAAUGCUGUAAAAUGAAUUAUUUUGGUUAAAUUUAGUUAAGAUUUUAAGUUGGAAA